CUUUCGUAAAUUGUAUAAACGUUCUGGAUUUAAUUUGAUUUAUUUCGGAAUUAAUUUGUUUGCUGUGAAAUAUUUUGGGCAAAAACAAAACCAGAAUGCAGUAAUGUUCUCAGGGAACUUUGUCGAUUUGAAAACGUACGAUUUAAUGCACCUCAACAGUACAAACGCGGUCCACUGGCCAAUUGUGAUUCGCACAUGCCUUAAAUUUUGUAAACAUAUUCCUAAUGGAAUAGAAUUGUCAUUAUAUUGCUAACCACUCCGAGUUAUGAGUGCACCACAGCAGCAACGGGGAGAAUCAGGAGGAGGAGCUCCGCCAGACACCGGCAGGGACUCGGCUAGUCAGCCGGCAAAAAGUUCCACCGCCAGUGGAUCAGGACACUCGGCCACCUGUUCUCAUAGUCCGAGUUCCAAAAACCGUGGUCACUUUAACAAUAGAGUGCAUUCUAAUCAUAAUCAAAGGCAAACGCCUUACCCGAAAUCAAACUACGAAAAUCGGGGCCGUUCUGACACCCGGAGUUCAAACCAGGAACGACAGGAGAGAGAUUAUACCAAGAGAACUGAUUUUCGUGAAAGAAACACUAGAUUCUCCGAUGAGAGACACUCUGGCAGAUAUAGUGAUUAUCACCGUAGAAACCAUUACCACAGAUUUAAGUCAUGGGGAAGUGAGGGCCGAUCCUAUCGUAGGGACAAAGGUGCCAGAGAUUUAUCCAAGUCACGUUAUGAUAAUGAUGCAAGUGGUUCAAGUCUAAUCAGAGGUGCAUCUGAGAUCAGGCGAAAAAACGGACACAACUGUGAUCCGAAUAGCGAUGCUUCCAAAACUGAGAAUUCUGAGGAUAUCCAAAGUUGUAUAAAUCACUAUCAAACCGAAGAAAAUAAAAUUGAUACAGAGCAAUCUAAGGAUCAAGGAGCUAACAGAACCAGCCCCACCGAGCAAUUAUCAGAUAUCUCAAAACAAUCUAAUCCAAUUGCAUUAGAAGGCGAUCAGAACAAAAAGACGAAUGAGUUGAAGGAGAGCUCUUGCUCUAGCAAGCCAAGCAGGGAAAUAAAUGAAACUUCUAAGGCUUCACAGUUUCCCGAUCAAAGAUCGAAGGAACAGUCGUCGGGGGAAGAACUAAACGUAUCCGAGUCCAGUGAUAAUCACUCUGGUGCACAGGCUAGUCAAUCAAUUCCACGUAUCCAAGUGCGCCCCCUUACCAAACUUCUAAGGCAGGAGCUCUUUGCAGUCACCCAGGAGAAUCGUCUGAUCAAAAGUCCCCCUCCAUCCGCAUCCCCAGCCAGUCCCAGUCGUCUGGUCUUUACGCCCAACCUUAGAAAUCGUCGCCGAACAGUGAGCAACUGCAUCUACAAUGCUGGAAGUUUUGAUCAGACCGCCGAGAGCGAGGCCGUUUUCAAUGAUCGCAUCGCUAGCAUGGACAAGGAGAGUCUAAAGUACAUCAUCAACAAUGGCGACACCAUCUUUGAACCGCACUUGCAACUCCAGGCCAGGCGGCGUAUACGUGACGAAAUUCGCCGACAGCUAAAGACAAUUGAAUUGGAGAAGCCCAAGGAUUGUCUGGUAACGGAUUUAGUCGAGGACGAAAUCGUAGAUUCCAUCAAAUUGCCCGCAUUUCUACUUGAGGAGAUCGGAAAGUGUUUUGGCAUAGACAUAUCAGAGGGUCAGACGACCAAAGAUUCUGCAGCAGAAAGAGAAGAUACAACAAGGGUUAACGCGGAAAGCCCAGUUCAAGAUACCGAAGAAGAAACGAAGAGAGCUUGUAACGGCGUCGAAAGUUUAAAAGAUAUAAAAACUGAGGCGACUGCUGAUGAUAGCAAUCAGUGCACUAAAUUUAGAAAUCUUGAAAACGAAAUUGAUAUUAAUGAUAACCACCAUCAAUCAGAAGACGACGAGCUUAGCAAACCGCUCAGUGUAUUGCCUAAAGAUAGUGAAGAUUGUUCUGUAAAAUCGAAUGGGGUUAGUAAAAAGGUCUUGCAAGAAAACAAUAAGAAGAAAACUUUUAAUCGAGACACUAAAGUAAACGGAAAUAAGGCAAUGAAUCCGCCACAAGAAACCGUGAUAGAAACUCUGGAACACUCUGAUUCCAUUAACAGGUCCAUAACUAAUCCGAAAACAGCCGAUGAGCUCAAAAGUUUCGCGGGAAUUGAAUGGGAAGUGAAUUCGAAGAGUAAGCACUCCAACCCAAGUCAAUCCGCAUUCAUUAAAACCAACAAAAGUAAUAAUAUAGAAACUGCUUUAAUAGAUUCCCUUUCUGGGAUAAGUAAGCCCUGUAAAAUGGAAAUUAAAAGGGAAUCAAGCAGCUCACCCAUAUCAGUAAGUUCUUUACCUUCAAACGAUGUUAUUGAUCUGCUGAGCUCAUCUGACGAAGAGCUGGAAGAGCAUGCCGUGGUGGAUAUGGACAUUGAUGAACAUGAAGGUGAUAUUGAAAAUCAAAAGAUAUUUAAGACCUUGGAAGCUUUGAAGCAAUCAGAUGAUGUUGUUGAUAGUGAUGACUCCACCAGCUCCCAAAGCAGCAGUAAAUCCACAAAAAGGCGACGCAGGCUGAAGCUACAGAACGAUGCAGAAAAUGUGGUUGACAGUUUUGAAAAAUUGAUCCUUCCCCAUCUUCGAGAGGCUCUCAGCGAUCGCUAUCGUCGCCAGCAUUCUAGUAGCCUGCAGAGUCGAUUGCACUUUAUCUCCUGCGUAGUGACAAGCUCCGAGCACAAUGCACAAACCUUUAGUAAAAUUGAGGUAGCCAAGAUGCAAAUGAAUCUCAAAGCAGCCGACAAUCGCCAAGCUAUCGAAUUUCUUCUAAAAGAGAUUGUCAACGUGGUGAGUCUGCAGAAACAGCGUCGUCGGGAGCAGGACGAAGAGCAAAAGCUUGCAAAUUUAUUAAGCCCCAAAAAAACCGCAUUCACAUCUGAUGAAACCUGUAAGGCGUCAACACUAUGUCCAAACCAGCACGGUUUUAUUCCACCAACGGCUCAGGAUAGUUCGCCAGUUACAUCACCGUGUCAGAAACCUCCAUCUUCUCCGCCAUCUCAGCAGAGUCCUUCUUCCGCAACUGCUCAGCAGAGUUCUCCAAUGGCUCUUCAGAAAACUCAAUCUUGUCCAGCCCGCCAAUCUUCAACAUCCAUCCAGGAGAAUCCUAUGGACUCAUCUGGACAGUGGCGGGGUUCAGCUAGUCAUAAAACUCAAUCUUCUCCUGCCCGUCAAACUACACCAGUCGGAGAUGUUUUUGAAAACCCAUCUCCUAACCAAGGAAACCCUCCCUCUUCGGCGAAACUGGAAUCCUUCAACGUUGGGUUUCCAUUUCUAUCCAUGGAUCCUACACUAUAUAAUUAUUCCCGUUUAGCUAGUGGAUCAAAAAUAAACGAACCUUUGGGAAAAUCGGACGACAUGAUGGAGCAGCACUUGGUUGAAAUUGAGCGUGAAUUGAUAAAACAUGAAAAUCGUUACAGCUUUCUGGACGAUAUAAUAAUAAAGUUUCAAAAAGAGAAAUCUGAAGUCGGUAUGGUUAUUCUAGAACUAAAGAGUCGGAAGUUUCUAAUUAUUAACUCCAUGGCUAGUAGAAAUCAAGCUACUUCUGCUCAAGUGGCUGACUCCAAAAGCAAACCACAUGAAGCAGAAACUGCUCAGGAAUCAACACACGAGGAUAGUUUCAGCAAAGGAGGGAUAGCCAGACGAACUAGAAGUAGAUUAAGAAGAACUGUGUUGGUCCUGGCACCCAAGCGUCAAGUAAGGGUACAAAAACGAGUUUCCAAAAAACCAAAAUCUUUCAAAUUAGUGGAGAAAUCCCAUGAAGAGAUUGCUGAACAAGAGACGAAUAAAAUGGAUUCUAAAGCGACCAAUCAACUAAAUAUCAAUGAAGAGCUCUUGAAAGUGUCAGCUGGUGACCAAGUAUCCGAUUAUUCACCCACCGCCAAACUUGCACAAUCGCGCCUGAGCAAGCCCAGUAUUGCUGUUAAUCCAACCCAUCAACCACUGGCUAUAAUACCACCACUACCACCGCCACCACCACCUCCCGAACCAAUCUGCCACAUGUCCUAUGAAGCAUCCAGCUCUUUUCUUAAGGAACCACUACACGAACCGGGUCACCAAUUGUCAGAGCUCAACUCCGAAGACAAGACAAGACAAGGUUUUGUGACGAAGGGGAAAUUGCAAAAUGUUGGCAGCCCCAUUACCCAAAUAAAGAUCUACAGGGAUAACGUGAUAGCCGCAGCCGAGGAUGGAGAUAUCUACGUGUUUCACCUAGUCACUCACAAGCUGGAGCAAAAGAUCACCAAGCACAGUGAGGCUAUUACGAAUAUGUUCCUCAGCGAAAAGGAUUCUAUUCUUUACACCACAUCAGCGGAUGGCUUUUUUAAGAAGUCCUCGCUCUUGAAUCUGGAGCGGGUCUUUGAAACGGUGUACCUUAAAGAGCCAUUGCAGUCAAUGGACGUCGCUUGGGGAUUGGCCUUCAUUGGCAGCCGAUGGGGUCAAAUAUCUACCUUCAACGUGGUGACGAACAAGGUGGUGGAAAAGCCUUUGGUAUCAACCGGCCAAUCCAUCAUUGCGAUCAAGGCCACCAAGGAAGGUGUGCGGAAAAUCCUUGUGCUGGGCUGCAAAGGAAACUUUGUCCAAAUGCAUGAUGCGGGCAACGGAUUGCUGCUACGUCACGUAUUUAUUGCAGAGGGUUUAAAUAUCUACAGUCUGCUUCUAGAUGAAGGACACAUUUAUUGCGGAACGCAGAAAAACGAGUUAUAUCAAUUGGAGUUUGUUUCUGGAAACUUGGUCACCAAGUUCAGCUGUGGAAAUGGCGCUGUUGCUGUUGCGGCCUACGGUGAGCGUUAUUUGCUAGUCGGCUGCUACGACGGCUAUAUUUACGUCCUGAACAAGAUUACCGGAACUCAAACUGGUCGUUUCGCUGGCGCUGGUCGCAUGGUUUUAGCCCUUUCGGUUGUAGGCGAUAAGAUCGUCACAUCUUCGAAAGAUAACUCGCUGGCGAUUCUGGAGGUGCCCCCCGCAUUGGUAAAUGGCUAUUAAGACGCGUAUCAUCAUUGAUAUAAAUCUGCUUUAAUUUAAUCAUUUUUACACACAGACUUGUUUGCAUAAUACAAUUUAAUGGUCAUAGUCCUUGAUUGCGGAUUUAUAAUUCGUUCUCUGUAUUUACAAUUGAAUAUUACAUUUUUUGCAUUUUUGCAAUUGAUCUACUUGAAGAAUAUUUCUUCGCCAUGAACAAAGUAUAAACGAAUAAAAAGAGAACAUCCAGUAAAAUUAUGAUACGUAAAAUUAUAUAGUUAUUUGAUUUGUCUUUAAGGAAUUUGUGGUGCCCUCACUGGUCGCACGUUGGUCUGCAUUUGAUGCAGUUUCUGGUUGAGCUUGUGUGUAUGGUCACGCAGAUAGGCGAUAAGGUCGGCCUGCUUCUCCAGAAGCUCUUCUGUGUCGCCUCCUGGUUGCAUGAGGCCCAGGGAACCGCCGGCGCGGUCCGCACCACGCAAAACAUCCGGAGCCAGCUUGGCGCUGUUGAACUUACGCACCUUGUCUGAAAUGGGUAACGAAUUUUUAGCCAUGUCUAUGACAACUUUUAUACCUGAAAUUACUUGGUUCUUAAUCAAAAAUCUUUCGCUUUGGAACCAUAAGAAAGAACGAACUUAAUUAGUGGCUGUACUGAAUCACUUCAAUUUUAAAUACCUGGAUUAUUUAAGCGGCUCUGACUCAUUUUUUGCGUAUUACAAUUGCUUGCAAGUCACUUAAUCAGUUUAAAAAAAAUACCUAGCCAUCCCGACUACUAUAUUAUGUCAUUAUAUAAACUAUUUGAAUAAAAUGUUGCCCAUCGUCAUUUCAAUAUAUAUACACACAGAUAUAUUAAAAAAAUGAUGAUAGCUCGAUCUGUCAUAAAAU